UUGAAACUAUUUAGUCGCAUUAAUCUUCUCGUAGCCCUCCAAAAACGAUACUUUAUAUAUUGUUUAAAUAUCUACUCAACUAAUAUACGCUGAUCGGUACAAUUUGAGUAGCUCCGUGGUAAAAACCGACUAGUGUAUGCGCAAGUUGACAAUAAAGUAAACAAGAAAGGAAAUAAUUGUAAUUUACAUUAGAGAAGGGGUACAAUUUUGAAGUAUAAUUGCAAAUCUGUGACAUAGAGUGUAGUUUAAACAUUUGUUAAAUACCGGUAAAGACAGCCAGUUUCAUGUGAAAGUUUUUAUUUAUUCUGGAUUUUCGUUUAUACUGUUCUAUAUUUUGACGUUGGUCAAACAUGCACCAAAACCAGAAACGAGAGACGAGGUACGAGCCUCGUUAUGAGGACCAAAGAGCCAGUCCUCAAAGACAGAUGUAUGAGCGGACACGUGACACGAGUCCACAAAGAUACCAGUAUAACCGUGCUGUGGACCCAAGGGCAAAUCCUCAUAGCGAAGUAUACGACCCUAGAUUUAAUCCUGCUUCUCCCCUUCCUGAUUAUCACAAUUUUCCCCAGCCAUAUUAUCGACACAGUGACUACAGGGAAGGUGUAAGUCCCCAACCUAAUUACCUACAUAACCAGGAGAGAGUGUGUCCCGAAAGAUAUCAAGAGAAAAAGUUCGAUUUCAGACUUGAUAAUCGCUACCACAAAAUGCCCGGUGAAAGACGGGAAGGACAACCAAAAGCUGAUGAGCAUUGGCAACCAGCAUAUGCCCCAUAUCAAGAGCGUAGUGAACAAACCCAUAAGGAACUCUACGAUCAACAUAAAGGUUAUUUAGUGAUGGUACGGUUCCGACCUGGGGAUAUUUCAGAAGUGAUAAACGCUAUACAGCUAAGUGUCAGUACGCUGUCGUCACAUAAUGGUUAUUGUAUAGGAUUCUCAGAACCUGGUUUAAUGCAGAUUGUGAUUCCAAGUCAUCAAAUGAUGGCUCAAGAUCAGUGGUGGGAUCCACGAAAUCAGACUUCACAAUACGCCGUCUGCUGUUUUUGGUUCCAGGACUACUUUCAGGCGCGUAGUUGGUUUCAGACAGGAUCACUCCGGUUUAAACAACCUGACUUUCCCAAUUCUAAUCCUUAUCAAGUAGUCGCUGUACCUCUGACAUAUGGAAGUGGAAGGGACCCGCGCCCAUUUGGUCCUGACAGGGACGAAAUAACUCUUUUGUGGUCAGAAUAUCCGAAUAUUUAUGAAAGAUACGAGUACGAUUUCCGGGCCAACUAUUCAGACCGAGUUAGAGACAUUGUGCGAGCUUACGGAGGAAACCCUUACGUUUCACUUUGCCGAUACAGAGCUGGUGAACCUGUCGAUUUAAAUAAGUUCGGUUCCCCGGGUUACGCUCGAUUUGAGAUACCGGAGCGGGACAAGGAAAGGGUAGGACGGUCAUGGAAAAACAGCUGGAUUAAACCAGACACAUUUAUCACAGUCAGUACAUUCCCGGAUUCUGAUCGCGUUCGCAGCUUUUACAAUGAUAGAGAAUUCACCGAUCUUCGAUACAAACUGAGCCAGUACUCGGACCCCGUUGUGGUGGCUAUCACACUGCGUAAGGUACAAGGAACCUCGAGGCCAUAGUGUACGGAUGUACGAAAGGGAACGGACAUUGUAAUUUAUGCAAUCAAUAACCAUUUGCCCAGUGUUAAGUUUUAAAUGUUUCAGUGUUUAUGAAAGUUAAGUUUGUUCGACUGCACUCGUUUACUGUGUAUAACUGAAUAGUUCUUAAAUUACAUUAAUUAGCAUAGAAAUCACGUGAAUAUGACAAUUGAAAAUAUCGAUUGCGCUUCAACCUACAGUCGAACUUAUAUCACGUUUAUUGAUAAUGUGUCUAUCUUAUAAUUAAAUACUUUUUUUUGCAACGUCAUAUUUAAAUCAUAUCCAAAUUUGUGACAGUCUCAUUUUGUCACGAAGCUAGAUUAAAUAAAUAUCUGAAUUUGCAAAUGUACAUAGAUUGCCACUAUUAAUAGGAUCGUAUAGAACACGAAUUAAUAUCACUCAUAAACGUUUCUCUGAUAUAAAAAGUGGCAAAUUUCUUAAUAAAGAAAUCAUUCAUAUUCAUUAAAACUCAGAUCUUUUUCCUCAAAGGUCAUAUAAGGGCUGCUUUUCUCGAGGAGGAAAAUUCAUUAAAAUCAUGCGGUUUCCCCUAAGAUUCGACAUACAUGUAUAUUAAGUGUUUCCUUCUCCUUUUGCAAAAAUACUGUUAUUUUCCCCCAAAUUUUAAGGGAAGGGCACCUACAUCUAACUGUGAUACAAAGUCCUGCCAUUGCUUGUUUUAUAUUUUCUUAAGCAUACUUUCUACAUGAUAUUUUUUACAUUUUUAACGAGAACGUGAUCGCUAUACAAAGGAAUAUCUGACUAUUACAAAAUGGGACAAAUGCACAGAGUUAUACAAUAUUUUAUCCCAUUCUUUCUGACAAAAUUAAAGAAUAUUCCCAAUGUUAAAAUAUUAUAAAUUCAUAGAACAUGUUUGUCUUCUUCACUAUACAUCAAACACUAAACAAAGCAUUGUGCUACCCUUCAUGCCAUCGGUUUGUACAAUAUAGAUCCUGUAGAACUUUAUCAAACAAUUUCUUAUUUAUUCAGUUGUGAUAAUUUUUCAUUUUUGUAUAAUUACAUUGCAAAUUAUAUGUUUACCAUUGUGAUAAUAUGUUUUAACUGGGAAUUAUAAUUAUAAAUAUAUACUGUAUCAAUAAUAAAGUUUUUGUAUUUUAACUUCUACACAA